CCCAUCAGCAACGACCAAGCCGCGCAAUGCGUGAGCGAAAAGAAUGCGCAAGGCUCUGAUAUCUCGAAUUGGCUGGAACCAGCCUCAGCUAGUCUCGUGGCGACACCAUGGCAGGCUGGCGGCAUCGCGGAGCUCAAGUUUCAGCCAACUCGACAAUAUUAUUAUUGCUUCCCAGAGGACAUAUGCCCAUGCUGCGAAGCUUGACUUAGUCGCCCUGGACAAGAAAUGGCAGCAUAUAUGGGGCGAGAGGGAGGGGCCGGUGACGACGCCCUCAGAUGAUGAGAAGAAAAUGUAUAUUUUGCCAAUGUUUCCCUACCCAUCUGGGAAUCUCCAUCUGGGACAUUUCCGCAACUAUACCAUACCGGACGUGCUGGCACGUUUUCGGCGCAUGCAAGGCUACAAUGUGCUACUUCCCAUAGGAUGGGACGCAUUUGGGCUUCCGGCAGAGAAUGCAGCCAUCGAACGAGGGAUUGACCCUGCUGUCUGGACCAAGGAUAACAUUGCGAAUAUGAAGCAUCAGCUGAAGGGAAUGAACGGAAGCUGGGAUUGGAGCAGAGAACUAGCGACUUGCGACCCAGAGUUUUAUAAACAUACCCAGCACAUAUUCCUCAUGCUUCAUGAACGUGGUCUCGCCUACCAAGCAGAGAGCAUGGUCAAUUGGGACCCCGUUGAUAAAACAGUUCUAGCAAACGAACAAGUCGACUCCAAUGGGCUCUCAUGGCGAUCAGGCGCCAAAGUGGAGAAGAGAAUGCUGAAACAAUGGUUCUUCAAGAUAUCAGAAUUUAGGGAAUCUCUGUUGGAGGAUCUUGAUGUCCUUGCAAAAAACGGGCGCUGGCCGGAGCGGGUAGUUUCAAUGCAGAAGAACUGGCUGGGAAGAUCAAAGGGUGCCCAGGUUCGUUUCCCCGUGCUAUCCUUUGACAAGCAGAGCCAUGAAGGCAUCGAACCAUUUACAACUCGACCGGACACAUUGUUUGGGGUCCAAUACAUCGCACUAGCCUCCAAUCACCCGUUGGUUAUCGAGCUCGCCAAAACAGACAAUGAGCUGCAAAAGUUCUUAGAAUCCAUGCCGACAUUAGCAGCCGACUCAAAAGCAGGCUACGUACUCCCAUCUGUACGAGCCAUCAAUCCUCUAGCAUUUGACCCAAAAACGCCUGACGCAACGAAAGCCUCCGUGCCCAUUUAUGUAGCUCCGUAUGUACUCGGGGAUUACGGUCAUGGUGCCGUUAUGGGUGUGCCGGGGCACGAUAAUCGAGAUUUUGGAUUCUGGAAGCAAAACUCGGAAGACGCAGUCCGAGUUGUUAUUCGGUCGGCAUCGGAGCCGGUAGAGGUAGCAUCCAACUCGUCGCUGUCAGAGCCAUUUCUCCAUCCUGGCAUUUUGACUGACGCCUGCGGCGAAUAUGCCGGCAAGACGUCUGCCGAAGCAGGGGACGCCCUCGUCAAGCUACUUGCUGACAACGGAGAAGCCGCCAAACCAACAGAAACAUGGCGACUUCGAGAUUGGCUCGUUAGUCGGCAACGUUAUUGGGGCACCCCUAUUCCCAUCAUUCAUUGCGAUUCGUGCGGCCCUGUUCCAGUGCCAGUUGAUCAAUUGCCAGUCACAUUACCCUCUGUCGAGGGGCACUGGUUACGUGGUAAAGCUGGAAACCCGCUCGAAGAGGCGCAUGAUUGGGUCAACACACCUUGUCCGGAAUGUGGUCAUACAGCUAAACGUGAUACCGACACCAUGGAUACGUUUGUAGAUUCGAGUUGGUAUUUUAUGAGAUUCGCAGACCCGCACAACACAGAAAAUCCCUUCUCGGCAGAUAGUGCUGAUUCCACCAUGCCAGUUGAUUUGUACAUUGGCGGAGUUGAGCAUGCGAUUUUGCAUCUACUAUAUGCGAGGUUCAUCUCUAAAUUCCUGUCAACUACGCCACUCUGGCCCACGGGCGCGCUGGAGCUUGGAGAGCCAUUUAAGCAGCUUCUAACGCAAGGCAUGGUUCACGGAAAGACUUGCACGGACCCAUUAACAGGACGAUUCCUGAAGCCUGAAGAAGUGGACAUGGAGAAUCCCAGCAAGCCCAUCAUCAUAGCGACAGGCCAGACAGCAAACAUUACGUACGAGAAGAUGUCCAAGUCGAAGUUCAAUGGUGUCGACCCUGCCACUUGCACCGAAAAAUACGGUGCUGAUGCGACCCGCGCCCAUAUGCUAUUCCAAGCACCACCCACUGAUGUUCUCGAGUGGGACGAGGAGAAGAUAAGCGGCGUAACUCGCUGGUUGCGGCGCCUACAUCAGAGGAUGGAGCGCAACCGUGGUGUCCUUUCCUCGCUACCCGCAGACCCUAAAGUGCACUUCGGCAACACGCCUAGCGAUCCGACCUCGUCGGCACUCCGGGAUAAGGAGGCCGCCGCCUGGCUCGCUGUGCAGAAUACGAUAACUUCCAUCACCGAAUCCUUGUCAAAGACAUACGCGCUCAAUACAGUCGUGUCUGACCUAAUGGGCCUAACGAAUACUGUUCUCGACCUCCCGGAGUCCUCGCCUGUGCAGGUCCACGCACUUGCAAUGCUGGUCAAGAUGCUAGCGCCCAUCACCCCAGCGUUCGCUGAAGAAUCAUGGCAAAUUCUUCAUGAUUCCACAUCUGUACCAUCGGUUUUAAUGGAGGCUUUCCCAGUAGAAGAUGGUACGGCAGAGAGUCUGAAGAGUAGCCGUCACGUAUGUGCGGUACAAGUCAACGGAAAGCUUAAAUUCACACUUGAAAUCGAGACUCCAAGCGAUAAGUUGAAGGGAGAUGUUUUGAAGGAUUGGAUUGUAGACAAAAUAACGCUUCGGGCGAGCAGUAAUCCUCUUGUGGAGAAGCUCAAGGGGGCGAAGAAGGUUAUUGUUGUUAAGGGUGGGAAGACUGUAAAUUUUGUCAUAUAAUUGUAAAAAACUGUAUUGUACCCUUGGUGUAAUAUUUAAAGUUAGACCCACUCAAUAUCAUGCAGUGUUCGGCACGG